AUAUAAACACACUGUUUCAACGACUUUUUUUCCCGAUCACAUAAUCAUUUCAUCAGAUUACAAAUCCCUAAUUCAGCUCAAAUCAAUCAACAAUGUCGUACUUUCCCAAAGGGCACCACGACGGCGAUGCGGUCGACGACUUCGACGAGUUCGAUUCCACCCCUUACGGCGGCGGAUACGACAUCGUUUUGACCUACGGCCGCCCCCUCCCCCCUUCCGAGGAGACCUGCUACCCCAUCACCUCCUCCGGUUCCGAGAGCUUCGACUACGAUCGCCCCCAGUAUACCUCGUACGCUGAGCCAUCCGCCUAUGGGGAUGAGGCUUUGGAUAACGAGUACAAGAGCUACGCCCGGCCAAAGCCCCGCCCUGCUCGGCCAUCUUACGGUGGUCCGCCGCCGUCGGAGCCUGGAUACGGCUACGAUAGGCCCAAGCCCAGUUACGGUGGAGAGAGUGAGUACGGAUCCGGUGGCGGAUCCGAAUUUGGUGGGAGGCCUGAAUAUGGAUCCGGUGGGUACGGGAGGAAGAGUGAGUACGAGGAACCUGCUCCCGAGUACGGGAGGAAAUCGGAGCCUGAAUACGGUGGAUCCGGUUACGGAAGGAGACCCGAGGCCGAGGAAUAUGGAUCUGGUGGGUAUGUGAAGAGACCUGAGUAUGGGGAAGAGGAAGGUGGCGGUGGUGGUGGUGGUUAUGGGCGGCCAACCAGUUAUCAGGCGGAGGGUUACGAAAGGCCAAGCUAUGGUAGGUCUGAGGAAGAGGAUUACAGGAAGCCCAGCUAUGAGAGGCGUGAAGGUGACGAUGAUGAAGGCUAUGGCCGCAAGAAAUAUGGAGAUGAGAACUCUGGGGACGAUGAAGACGAGGAGAAGAAGCACCGCCACAAGCACCACCACCGUAAGCACUAUGAUGAUUAAGCAACAAUGGUCUGAUGUAUUCCGAAAAAAUGGAUUAUGCCGUUUUCAAGCUACUAAAUAAAGUGUUGUGUGUGUUCUUUUUCUAAUUAGUAUUUUGUUUUUGAGUGUAUUCUAAGCAUACUGGUUUUAACCAUAUGCAGAAAAUAAAAAAGUAACAGUUGCAUGGGGCCUGCUUGUAUGUAUGCCUGAUAAUGCUUGUGGUUUUUUUGAAUGUUUUUGUUAUGUUUCAAAGUAAAAUCCCACAUAUGUUGGGAUAUAUGUUGGUAUGUCCUGUUUCUGCUUAUUUAUGUCGUGCAAUUUUACGUGAAACGACGCAGUUUUUUUUUCUU